GAAGUACUAAACCACGAGUGGAAAUAUCAAAUCUACCGUUGGGGAUGCUAAAAAGAAAUGGAAAUCCGUCCAUGAUUAUUGGGCCAAAUGGCAUCGUUUGAGAUGGGAACACAGCUGACAUUGUGCGUGUGAGAUGAUACCUGCCAUCCAUGUUGGGCCAGCCACCUGAAACCUUCUUCAUCCUUGUGAAGUACCAGUCCAGUCCAGUCCGGUUAGCCCGCUGAGAAGCACAAGCGAUCCAACCUGGUCAUGAAAAAAAAAAAAGACAACUUUACACAAUGACAAACGCUAGCGGGGAAAGUGCGUGAGUGUGGAAAACUUAAGCCGAAAUGGAGCUUUUCUUUGCACUGUGGAUCGGAAACUUUCUGCACUUUUGCCAAGCCGCCAUCUACACCAACCACUGGGCCUUGCGGAUAAAAGGAGGUGCUAAAUCUGCCACGGGGAUAGCAGAGAAAUAUGGAUUCGCAAAUAUGGGACAGAUCGGACAGCUGAGGAGUCAUUACAUCUUUCGCCACCACGAAACGGCGGCGCGGUCCACGGCGCCCAAUGAAACGUUGACAGCACAUGUCGCCAUGGAGAUCAAGGUGGAAUGGCUGCAACAGCAGGUGACCCAGAAAAGAGUCAAAAGAACUUUGUACUCCUUCAGCAAAAAGAGCUCCCAAAGUGGAGAUGCGCUUCAUCAGCACCUCGACUCCCACUUGAAACACUUCAAGGAGCACAAGCCCUGGUACAAUCUCUGCGGUGAUGACUCCAAAGGCUGCCGACCUCCCAUGAACAUUGCCGGGGCCUGGGGGAGGGGCUACACCGGCAGGGGGGUGGUGGUCUCCGUCUUAGAUGAUGGAAUCGAUGGAGAGCAUCCAGAGCUGAAACCGAAUUACGAUGCUCUCGCCAGCUUUGAAGUGAACGGACAGGAACGACAUCCGUCGCCGACUUAUUCGGAGACGGCUGCCAACUAUCAUGGGACUCGGUGUGCAGGAAUGGUAGCCGCCGCCAUGAUGGCAAACCACUCCACGUGCACGGUGGGAGUGGCUUUCCGCGCAAGGAUUGGAGACGUUCGGAUACUGGGUGGACUGGACGGAGAAGUGACAGACAUAGCUGAGGCACAAGCGCUGAGCUUCAAACCGCAGCAUGUUGAUGUCUACUUGGCCAGCUGGGGGCCGGAAGAUGACGGCGCCACUGUGGAUGGACCUGGACCCCUGACUCGCCUCGCUUUGGAGAACGGCAUCCGAACCGGUCGACACGGGAAGGGCUCUGUUUACGUCUGGGCAGCGGGAAGCGGCGCAAGUAGAGGUGACCACUGCUCGUGUGACGGCUACAGCAACAGCAUCUACACCAUCUCCAUCAGCGGCGGCGGCGGUGACAAGAGCCAGCCGAACCACCAGGAAAGCUGCUCAUCCAUACUGGCAGCAGCCUCCACUGCAGACGACAUUGUGAGUCGAGGGAUGAUGGGACCAUACCACUGCGCCUUGGAUAAAUGGUGCGCGGCCCUUUCGGUCUCGGCUGCGGCGGGCGUCAUCGCGCUCACCCUGGAGGCCAAUCCUCUGCUCACGUGGAGAGACGUCCAGCACAUCAUUGUUCGCACGUCAGAUACUCGCCAGCUCGCCGCGGCCGACUGGCAAAGGAACGGGGCAGGACACAAAGUGAGCCACCUGUACGGCUUCGGCCUCCUGGAUGCAGAGAGGAUGGUACGGCAGGCAAAGCGAUGGCAACGGGUCCCCCCGCAGCGUGCAUGCACAGUGGAGCCGCCCACUCCGUCGAAGAGAAUUUUGAAUAGGGGCGGCGCACUGACAUCGGUGCUGGAGACGUCCGUCUGCUCGGCCUCAUCCCGAAGGCGGCGGCACGUGGCCUUCGUGGAGCACGUGGUGGUGCGUGUCACGGUGGCUUGCAGUCGCCGCGGCGACCUUUCCAUUACGCUCACGUCGCCCUCGGGCACCGUGUCACAGCUUCUCGAUAAAAGGCCUCAUGACAACUCCACUGAGGGCUUUCGCCAGUGGGAAUUCAUGACGACUCACUGCUGGGGGGAGCGAGCGGUCGGGGAAUGGACCUUGAGCAUCCGUGACUCGCCCUCUGAAGGGAGGGAAAACUCACAAGCGGGUACGCUGGAAAAGUGGUCACUGGUGAUUUACGGCACCGCGUGGCCGCCGUAUCCCGCUCGGCAAAGGUUUGCGCGUUCGGCCGAGAUCCCGAAGGAAGCCGAUUUUGCCGAAGAAUACACAGGACCCUGCGACUCAGAGUGCACCGACGACGGCUGCGAGGGUCCCGGCCCGUGGCAGUGUGUCACAUGUGCCCAUUUUUUCCUUAAGUUCAAGAACAACACAAGAAUUUGCGUGCCCACGUGUCCGCGGGGGUUCUGGAGCGACAGGCGACGUUGCAAGCGCUGCUUCGCCACCUGUGAGAGUUGCAAGGGAAGCCGCAGUGACCAGUGCACUUCCUGUCAAGCCGGGCAUCAUUUGACCGAGGGGACCGAUACCUGCACCGCCGGCUGCGAGGAGGGCUACUUCCUGGACCACGAUGCAAAGAUGUGCAGGAAGUGCGGCGAGAACUGCUCGAGGUGCACAUCCUCCAGCAUCUGCAGGGAAUGCAAAGCAGACACAAGUCUGCAUGGGAACCGCUGCCAGCGGAGUUGCGCGCCGGGAAUGUACUACGACGAGGUAGAGGGCCUGUGCAAAGCUUGCCACCGGGUGUGCGCCACCUGUGCAGGCGCCGGCGUGGAGGCGUGCACCCGGUGCGCCGACGGCUACCUGAUGGAGGACUGGAGGUGCGUCGCCUCCUGCAGCAGCGGCUUUUUCGCCGUAAUUCCCGAGAUAGCCGACGAGCGUCGGAUGUGUAGGAGGUGCGACGCCAGCUGUCUCACCUGUGUCGGGCCGAGCCGGGCCAGCUGCAGCAGCUGUUCCAGCGGUCGCAGCCUGCAGGAGGGCGAGUGUGUUCUCCAAACGCCGUGCGCAGAUGGGGAGUACCAGGACAACGAUGGGACGUGCCACACGUGUCACCCGACAUGCUUGAAUUGCUCGGGGCCGCGGCAUCAAGACUGCACCGGCUGUGGCGCUUCACAUGCUCUGGACGAGGGCCGCUGCCUGGCCGAGUGCGCCCGGGGCAAGUACCAGUCGGGUGGGCGCUGCCACUUGUGUGACCACACCUGUGCCACUUGUGUGGAGGCGGGGCCUAACAACUGCACCAGUUGCGAUAAAGAUAAGUUCGGAAUGGAGCGUUACCUCCACCGAGGCCGCUGCGUGGACGCCUGCCCCGAGGCCUUCUACCACACUCAGGAGCGGAGCUGCGAGGCCUGCUCGCACCGCUGCACCCUUUGCACAAGCUCCGCCCACUGCCUGAGGUGCAACUCCUCCUACUACGUGUCGGAUGGCACCUGCGUCAAACUGGAGUGCGGCGAAGGCAAGCCAAGUCUCGCUAGCGCCACUGGCCUUCUGCACUUCGACCCCCUCCGAAAAAGUGCAUUUCCUGCUUGUCUUGCAGGCGAAGUCGAGGAUCCCGAUUACAGCGACUGCAUGGCCUGUGAGGAGGGCUGCAAGCAGUGUGUCCUAUAUAACCCCCGGCAUUGCCUGUCCUGCAAAGAAGGCUUUUACAACUUCCAGGAUGGCUGCUACAAAAACUGCCCCGCCAAGACGUACGGCGUGGACGAGGAGAUGACCUGCUUCCCGUGCGAGGACAACUGCGUGAGCUGUGACCAGCACGAGUGCUACUGGUGCGAAACAGACCUCUUCCUGUCAGAGGGAAAGUGUGUUUCCGUAUGCCCCGAGGGUUAUUACGGCGACGAGGACACCAACGACUGUGAGGAGUGCCACGUCGACUGCGUGUCCUGCAGUGGCCCCGGUCGCGACGACUGCGUGUUGUGCCGUGAUGGCGCAACGCUGGAAAACGGACAGUGCGUGACAGACGAAGACGUCUGUCCGGUGCUGACUUUUCGCAGUGGUGAUGGCGAAUGUGCACAGUGCCAUCCAUCAUGCGAGUCCUGCUCUGGAAAAAACAAGAACCAGUGUACCAAAUGUACAAAUGGACGCUUCCUGAGCCCUCAACAAACGUGCGUGACAAAAUGUCCGCCGGGUUCGUUUGGCGACCGGCUGAGUGGCGAGUGCGAGGUGUGCCCCGCCGGGUGUUUGGACUGCGUGGACCUUGAGCGCUGCACCCGCUGCCUGAGCCAUUCCACCGCGGUUUUGUUCCUGCAGGACAGCCAAUGCGUCCAGCAGUGCGUCAGAGGCUACCCGGUCGGUCAGGUGUGUCGAAGCUGCGCGUCGGGCUGCGCUUCCUGCAAGAACGCCACCUCCUGCCAGAGCUGUGAAGAACCUCUGCUGCUGCUCAAUCACCAAUGCGUGCGGGAAUGUCCCGCGGGCCACGCGGUCCACAUCCGGGAAUGCCGACGCUGCCCUCCGGCCUGUGAAGAGUGCAACCCUUUUGGAGACUGCACAGCCUGCGAGGAGUAUCACUUCCUCCACGAGGGCACGUGCGUGCUCGACUGCCCCGACCGCUUCUUUGGCGAUAACGAGCGACGGGAGUGCCUGCGCUGUCACCCCGACUGCCGCUUGUGUGACGGCCCCAGAAGCGACGACUGCGACGCUUGUGUGGACUCCCUGGCCACAAUGCGCGACGGAAAGUGCCUGACGCCGUGUCCCGCUCGGACAUUCAUGGACGGCGCGACGGGAGAAUGUCAAGAGUGUGACGUCUCCUGCCUCACCUGCGUCGGGCCCCUGGCCGGCUCCUGUUCUGGCUGCGUAGAAGGCCACAGACUGGAGAGCCACAGGCAGGAGGCCCACGGUCGCUGCGUGCCGUCGGACGUCGAGUGUUCGCCGCACGAGUACGUCGACGAGCGCGGGGGUUGCCGGCCUUGUCACAAUAACUGCCGCCGCUGCUCCGGCCCGGGAAAGAACCGCUGCGUGAGCUGCAGGCAGAGAGACCUUCUGCUCAAUGGCAGCUGCGUGGACGUGUGCCCACCAGGUUUCUACACUGACGAGUCGCGGCAGAAAUGUGAAGCGUGCCACCCGACUUGUCAGUCCUGUGUCGGGGAACACGUUUUUUUUGUCGGGAAACACGGCCACCAGUGUCUGGCCUGCAAGGACCGGCUCUUUCGACACGGUCACUAUGGCAACCAGGGCUCGGGGACAUGCGAGCCGUGCGACCCCACUUGCGUCGAGUGCUCAGCGGACGGGCGCUGCCUUAGCUGCACGUCGGGACUGGUUUUCAUGCCGCGGGAAGGCCGCUGCCUCCACGCCUGCCCUCGCGGCUUCUACCGCCGCCAAGUUGACGAUGACACAUACGCUACGUGCGAGCGUUGCCAUGGCAACUGCGCAACCUGCUCAGGAAAAAGCUCUCACUCCUGUGACUCGUGUGACCCUGGUUACAAACUGUCAGGCAGCACGUGCGUGUCUUUGUGCCAGACGGACGAGUACGUGCGAAUUCAGGGUUCCGGUCACAUCUGCGAGGACUGCGACGCCUCGUGCCUGCGCUGCGAGGGUCCCGGCCCGGCCAACUGCAGCGCGUGCCCCCCACACGCCAUCCUUGAAGUCGGGGGGCGCUGUCUCCUUUGCUGCCACGCUGCUGCCGCCGCCCACAAGCAGGAUUGUUGCAACUGCACGGAAACGACAGGGACGUGUGUCCUCAGUACCAACCUGGCGUUCAGGAAUGAGGAAGAGGAAGUGGAGGAAGAGGAGACGAGAGGCAACCUGGUGGUCUUCAUCAUGGCGUGUAUCCUUCUAGUGGGCGGACUCACCGGCGGCGCCGCUAUCUUCCUAAUCCAGCGCUUUCGCUCCAAGAGGGUGCCUACGGAGGGGAGCCCGCACGGCUACGAGAAGUUGGGUUCCAGUUCCGGCUCCAGUUCUGCCGGCAACUGCUCCUCCUCGUCUUACUACAAAGGCACGCAGAUGGUGGACUUGGGCGCCAGCUAUUCGGUCGCAAAAGGGGAUGAAGAUGAGGACGAGGAGGACAUUGUGUAUAUGAGUCAGGACGGGACCGUCUACAGGAAGUUCCGCUAUGGACAACUGGGAGACGACGAUUUGGAGUACGACGACGAGAGCUACACAUCCAUGAAUCGGGUCUUUGUUUCCCACCUAAAAUAAGAAUUAGAAAUAUCCAAAUUAUUUUGAUGACUUCUUCAUUAUUGAUAUAACUCUAUAAAAGUGUGCAACCGUCA